AAUUAAUUAAAUGUCUUAAAAUACAUCUUGUGCCUUUUUUUGUUUGUUUUUGGGGAUAGAGUAAGUCAGAUAAAACUCAACAACACAACAUGCAUUAUCCUCCGAAUUUAACACAAUAGUGAUUUUAGAAGUGGUUUUGCUCCAUGUUUCACCUGCAUUCAUUUUGGCAUUAUUUAUGCCAUGGAUUAGUUGAGUUAUAAUAUAUGUAUUGAUUUAGUAAUACAUAAGAGGGUGAUCAAAUAGGACUGUGGUACAAAAGCAUUGUCAGGGGCAUUCUUCAGUCAGUCUUAUGCGUGAAUAGAAUAUGUUCAUAUCAAAACUCAAAAAUCCAUUACAAGUACACAUGAUUAACACCUUAUUCACUCAGCAUCAUUUGAUAAAAUUCAGAACUUAGUAAUGGCAAGAACCUUUGGCUGUUGUGUCUGCAAAAAUAGAUCAUUUUGAUAAUUUCAUUCUGUUUUCUACUUUUUUGUGACGCCAAAUGUGGUAUAUGGUAACCAGUCAGUUUGUUUUCUUCUAGUCAUGAUUUAAUUUAUUACCUACAGCGGGUAUUGCUGUUUCAAUCAAGGGCUGUUCAGUCAGUGUAAAAAAGGUUUUUACUAAUUUUACUAAUUGUUGUCUUUACAUAGAUUGCAACAUUGAGGACCAUUUUGUACCUCUAACAAGCCAAAGAAUGGAAAAAGAUAGCAAGGGGAUACUUUUCUUUCUGCUUUUGGCUGGUAUUUGCAGCCCAACGACUGAAGAACAGUGGAAGGCAUCUGUUGUAAAAUCAAUUGAAGCCCUAGUUGAUUCCUGUGUUGUGCUGCCCUGUACAUUCACUUAUCCUGGGAGUUUCCUGUCUACCUCCAGACUCAGGGGCAUCUGGCAUCGUAAGGACAAAUGGAACGAGAUCUUCUACCAUGAAGACAGCACAAGCGUCUUGGACAAUUUUAAGGGCCGAACCAAGAUGCUGGGAAACCUGGGUCAGAACAAUUGCACCUUAGAAAUAGUUCAAGUUAAAAAUCAUGACAUCGGUCCUUUCUGCUUCCGCAUUGAAUUUGUGAAAAAAGACACCAACCAACCCACUACAGAAAAGUUCUCCUUUGUUGAGGAAUGUGCUGAAAUCAAAAUGCUCGAAGAAACUCCCAAACCUGAACUUAUCCAGUCAAACACAGCUGUUCAAGGAAAACCUUACGCCGUCACCUGUUCAGUCCGCCAUACCUGCCCCUCACAUGUUCCUGUGUUCACAUGGAGUCGAGGAAGUGAAGACGAUAUUAUACAAAUUCAAAAACCCAUCGUGUCUGGGAUCUGGGAGACACAGUCCAUCAUGGUGUUUAUUCCUGGGGAAAAUGAUGACCACACUGAAAUCACCUGCAGUGCAACAUUUAAUGGAGGUCGAAGAUCAUCCACAUCUAUUAAACUCAAUGUCAAACGUACUGGAAACAUUUAUCACCUCAUCAUUCCAGUCGCGGUGGCCAUUGGCACGGCUGUGAUCUUUGGAGUCUUCUGCAUUGCUGUGAUGAAAAAGUACAAGAAUCGCAUUGCAGAGCUUCAAAGUCGUGAAGGAAGCAUGUUCAACAGACUGUCCAGGAUGUCUCGCAGGUUCCAUUCUAGUGGCCAGUGACUUCGUGGUCAUAAUCCAGUGCAAGAAAUUUGAGCAAAUGUAGUUGAGCAUGUAGUUGUUCACAUUUAAAUUUUUGUUUAUGUCCAUAAGGAUGAUUUUCGUUUUAAGAGUCAUGCCUUGUUUUUUUAUUAUUACUAUUAUGCUUUAAUUCAGCAAAAAUAUAUAUGUUAUGCUUUUUCUGGCAAAAGUAUCAAAGUUGUAUAAAAAUGAACUUAUUCCAUUUUCAUGAUGUUGUGUGUUGAAAUUAUGAGUGUGCAUUCUCACUAGGUUAUUAUUUUUAUUCCGGCAAACCUGGCCAGACCCUUCAGUAUGAUGCAGUUCAAUAUUCUGUUUUACCUGAACACUUUGUGUGCAAGUCACCACUUCUAACAUAAAAUAAACACAACUGAACUGCAGUAGUUCAACUCCAAAAGCUCCAAGUAUAAAAGAGUGUGUCAGAAACAUAAUCAGUGUGAACCUGAGAAGUAAGGCGGCUUUGAGGGUGCGCUCUGCCUCCUCUGCACUCUGACCAUAUUUCUGUCGUUGUAAAUACAUUAUUCCACUUUUUUUGUUGUUGUGGUAGGUACCCAGUGUACAGCUAAGUUCAAUGUUAAAACUAUGUGUAGAUAUCAUUUAGACAUGAGUGGAUUAUCACAAUGCUGAUAAUAAUCUAUCUACCUGUUUGUAAUGAUGUAGACCCAUACAGUUUUCUAGGAUUAGACUAAGUAAAACCACAAUAGAAAGUUAAAAAUGACCAAGGUCUAUAAAUGUCUGUAAAUAGUGCAAAAAUGCCAGAGUAUAAAAUCAACUCAAAGACAGCCCAUUUGGUUAACAUUUGAACUGAUUUAAUAUAUUUUUUUCAGAUUCGUGUUGAGAAAGUGAUAUUGAGGAAGGCUUACCAAAAGUUUUAAAAUAUAGUGCUUCCAUCCAUGACUCUAGAAUAAAUAUGUAAAUGAUCAAAUGAUCAAGUAACAGCAGGAAGGCGCUCAGUUCAAUUCCAGAAGAGGAAAAGGCACAAGGAUUUAAAAAUCUGGACCUGGAUGAAGACCGUCUGCCGAUGGAAAGAACAUUGUUCCUUCAGACCUUUAGGAUAAAUUAUGUUUAUAUUUCUUAUGAUAAUUUAUUUGGAUAAAAAUGAUUACUAGUUAAAUCUCCAGUGCAUACAAAUUUGUUAUAUUGGACUAUACUAAAGCCUUCUUUUAAAUUUGCAUAUCUAAUUACAGUUAAGAAUUUUAGGGUGUGGCUAGGGAGAGUUAGUUGGG